CUUGUUUAUCCCUUGGUAACUGGAUAGGCAAACAGAAAGUAAGAAAGAUAAAAUAUAAUGGUACAACAGAAAAGGGUAAGGUGUUCUGAAUAUCAGACUGCCUUGUGAUUACUGUGAGUUUGUUGCAUACUUGUUUGUAGACUGGAUGACCUGCUCAGAGAUGGGUUUACUUUCAUUAUUACGGAAACUUAAGUCUACACCAGAUCAAGAACUCCGUAUCUUGUUGCUUGGAUUAGACAAUGCAGGAAAAACUACUAUUUUAAAGUCCUUAGCCUCUGAAGAUGUUACACAUAUCACACCCACUCAGGGUUUCAACAUUAAGAGUGUUCAGUCAGAAGGACUCAAGCUAAAUGUCUGGGACAUUGGUGGACAAAGAAAAAUUAGACCAUAUUGGAGAAAUUACUUUGAAAAUACAGAUGUUUUGAUUUACGUUAUUGAUAGUGCAGAUAAAAAGAGGUUUGAAGAAACAGGUGUUGAACUUGCAGAGUUACUGGCUGAAGAAAAACUCUGUGGUGUCCCUUUGUUAGUUUUUGCCAAUAAACAAGAUCUAUUGAAUGCUGCACCAGCCAGUGAAUUAGCAGAAGGUCUAAAUCUUCCUGCUAUUCUGGACCGAGCAUGGCAGAUUCAGGCUUGCUCAGCUCUGUCAGGAGAAGGAUUGAAGGACGGUCUUGACUGGGUGUGUAAAAACAUCGAAAGAAAAUAGUCUUAUAGAAAGUAGAGCUAAAAAUUGGCAGUAUCUAGUCUCUUGUCAUGCAACACAACGCACAUCUCUAUUUAUGCCAUUCCACAAUGUAUUCCGUCCAAAAACAUUACUGCAAUACCCUCCUUCUGCCACACUGAUCUGCGUAAAAUGUGUAACAGGAGCUAAUUCGCAUGAUGAGAAAUAUUUUUUAUCCAAUUACUGCAGUAGUAAAUAACAAUAAAUAAUAAAGCAGUUUAACCUCAUAGAAAAGCUUUAUUUCCAUUAUCUUAUCUUUCCUGUGUAUAAUCCUAUGCUUUAUCUGAUACCAGAUUAUGUUCCUUUAUUAUGAAAUGUUCAAAGUUACAGACAAAUUGUGUUUGUCACAUUCUUCGUCUUUAGGUUUUAGUGUGAGAAGGAAAUAAUGAAUUUAAAAAAAAAAAUAAACAUAAUGAAAGGUUCUACUUUUUAUUUUAAAAAUACUCAACUUAUCCUAAAAUUAAGUAUUUUUGUCCUUGUUUUCUAUAAUAACUUGGCUUCUUUUUAGCUUAUUAUCAAUUACUAUACCUGAUGAUGAUUGGACAUGAAAAAACCUCAUAAGAUAGAGAUUUUGUACAUUUCAGAUGGAAGUUUUGAAUGUGUUACAGGAGAGGGAGCUUUUAGUUAUUGUUUAAGUUUUGAAUGUAUUGCAGGAGAGGGAGCUUUUAAUUGUUGUUUUAGUUUUUAUGGUGUACUUCAAUGUAAUGUAAUAAGUGUGUAAUGUAGACUUUCAAUUCUAAUGUUUUAAUUAUUGCUUUAGUUCAUUGAUGGUUUUAAACAGAUCUUUCAAAUAUUCUUUUAGUUUGUUUAAAGCCCAGCAUUCUUCUAGUUUCUUUUCCUCAUUUAUAUAUUUGUAGUAUUUGUUUUUUAUAUAUUUAUUGGCAGACUCCAGAUGGAUCAUCGAUACCCUGAAAUUAUAUUUAAUGAGUCUGUUAGCUCUAUAUCAAAAUUAAACAGUGUGGGAUGUAAUUAGCUCUUGAAACCUUUUGUUUCUUAAUAAAUAAUUAUUGUAUUUUUUGAGGGUGGGUGGGUGGAUGAAUGGCACUUAAGGAUUUACAUUGCUUAAUAUUUCUUAAAAAAUAAAUCUUUUGUGUGGAUUUGAAUAAUUAGACGAAGGUAACACAUUUUAGUUGUGUGGAUUUGAAUGAUCAGACAAAGGUAACACAUUUUAGUUGUGUGGAUUUGAAUAAUCAGACGAGGGUAACACAUUUUAGUUGUGUGGAUUUGACUGAUCAGACAAAGGUAACACAUUUUAGUUGUGUGGAUUUGAAUAAUCAGACAAAGGUAACACAUUUUAGUUGUGUGGAUUUGAAUAAUCAGACGAAGGUAACACAUUUUAGUUGUGUGAAUUUGAAUGAUCAGACAAAAGUAACACAUUUUAGUUGUGUGGAUUUGAAUAAUCAGACGAAGGUAACACAUUUUAGUUGUGUGGAUUUGAAUAAUCAGAUGAAGGUAACACAUUUUAGUUGUGUGGAUUUGAAUGAUCAGAUGAAGGUAACACAUUUUAGUUGUGUGGAUUUGAAUGAUCAGACGAAGGUAACACAUUUUAGUUGUGUGGAUUUGAAUGAUCAGACGAAGGUAACACAUUUUAGUUGUGUGGAUUUGAAUAAUCAGAUGAAGGUAACACAUUUUAGUUGUGUGGAUUUGAAUGAUCAGACGAAGGUAACACAUUUCAGUUGUGUGGAUUUGAAUGAUCAGACGAAGGUAACACAUUUUAGUUGUGUGGAUUUGAAUGAUCAGACAAAAGUAACACAUUUUAGUUGUGUGGAUUUGAAUAAUCAGACGAAGGUAACACAUUUUAGUUAUGUGAAUUUGAAUAAUCAGACGAAGGUAACACAUUUUAGUUGUGUGGAUUUGAAUAAUCAGACGAAGGUAACACAUUUUAGUUGUGUGGAUUUGAAUAAUCAGACGAAGGUAACACAUUUUAGUUGUGUGGAUUUGAAUGAUCAGACGAAGGUAACACAUUUUAGUUGUGUGGAUUUGAAUGAUCAGACGAAGGUAACACAUUUUAGUUGCCUUGAUUAGAAAAGAACAAUUAUGUUUGUAUAAACGAAAGAAUUGUCUGUAUAAUCGAUAUUUCAUCUAGUUGAAUUUAUUAAUCAAAAUAAUGUGUUUAUGAAGUUAAUGAUUAAAAUUUAUAUAAAACUUUGACUGCAAGCUAAGUGAUCCCUUUAUUGUUUUAAUAUUUUCUUUUGCUUAGACUUCACAUAUUUGAGAGACUUGAUUGAUAAAAAUAAUCAUAACUAUUAGGACACUGUGAGAACAUAUUAACAAUUUAAGGUAAAUUAAAAAAAAUCUCAUUGUUGGAUCCUAUACAUGAAUUCUUAAAAUUAAUAAACUAAGCUGUCCUUUGAAACCCAUAGUAUCAAAUAUUGGUACUUAUAGGUUUUUUUUUAGUAAACUUUCCAAGAGAAUUGACUGAAAAGUAAAUACAGUUUUAAAUGUUCCUAUUCUGUAAGUAAUUGAAAAUUCCAUAAUGAUGUGAACAGUGAGCUUUGAUGAUGAGACAUUGUACAUUUUAAAUAAUAUUCUUUUGAUAGGAACUGUUGAUUUAUGUAAGACUUUGUUUUCCUCAGAAUUAUGUUGGUCUAUUAAAGGAUGUUUACUUAUUUCAAUUUUUUUUAACUAUUAAAGAAUUCCAUAC